CGCCAUUUUUCGGUUCGAAUUCCAUAGUGUAGCGCUUGCUCAUAUUUCAGUCGGUACUAUGAGAAUAUAGCUUCUAUAAAUUUUUGUGUGGGUAACCAUGGUUACUGACAGUAACAAAAUUUGUUUUUGGUUAUGUAGUAUUGAAAUGUUAAGGUCUUUGUUCGUCGAAUUUAUUCUGGUUUUUUGUAACGCGACGAUUUUAAGUCACUAUACGUGUAUGAAAAACAGUUUAACUAUUGACACAAUGGCAGAUGCUGUUAAGUUGAUAGCUUUAGAAUUUGAAGUAUUUGGUAGAGUGCAAGGUGUAUUCUUCAGAAAGUACACUCAAGGAAAAGCCCGCGAACUGGGUCUGAGAGGGUGGUGUAUGAACACUGAGAAGAACACGGUCAAAGGAGAAAUCCAAGGUGAUCCGAGGAAAGUACAAGAAAUGAAACAUUGGUUAAGUAAAGUUGGCAGUCCAAGUUCUCGGAUUGACAAAGCUGAGUUUAAAAAAGAAAAAGAAAUAUCUGAUUGUACCUUCAGUGACUUCAAAAUCCGCCAUUAACACUGUGCUUCUGACCGUUAAAUAAUGAAGCAUAUUUAAAAUUUGACCAGCAUCGUUGUUUCAGUUCUUCCUAAAUAUUUCCAUGCUUGUUGUACUUGUGGUUUGUGGUAUGAGGGACUCAACUUAUCGUCUUUUUGUAACCAAUAAUACUUAGAAUGUGUGUGACUUUUUUUUAAAUUCUGUUUUGGAGUUAAUAAAAUUAUCUUCGUAGUACCUACAUCAAAUUUUAUGGUACCUACAUAUUUUAAUAUAAGAUUUGCAACACUGCAUGCACAUAUAAAAUUAUAAUAUUGCUCAAAUAAUUAUUGUAUUCUUUGCCCAUGAUUUUGAGUGUAUUAAAUCCAUGGUUUAGUUACUGUUGAGAAUUACUAUGGAGAUAUUUUAGUUUUUCUAAAGUAUUAAAUAUCUAGUCAGUUAUCCUUGUCUAUCUUUUAUGUGAUAUGUAGUUUUAAUGUGUUUGAUCCCAAGUGUUUUGAUCACAUUUAAUAAACAAUAUUAUAAUAAGGUUAUAACUUUUAAUAAAAUGCUGGGUCUUCGAUAUUGAUUUACCCACUAAAGUAGUACUACAUAGUUUUGAAGAAGUGCAGUGAAUAUCUCCAAAUUUUUUUAUUUCUUGUCAGAGUUUUUAAAUAUGUGUUACACAUUAUGCUUAUUAAUUUUAAGUAAAUAGAAUACAAAAUAUUUUGUUAUUUAUUUGUAGUUUGACAUCGUCCGGGCCUGCAGCCCCUUUUAAGUCCGAUAUGCCACCGCCCAAGCACCACCCACCCUCCAUUCAAACCUCCCGCCUACCCGUGCGUAUGUGUGCGUGCGUGUGUGUUCGACGGCAAGAGGGCGCUGUCGAGCCAGUGCGCCGCACCCCUAAAAACAUAAGUUAAUAGAAUUGUGUUGUUUGUUUUUAUAUUCCCUAAGUGCAACGUGAUGGCAGAUCGGCCGGGAGGGUUUUAUGUACUUUUUUUUUAAAAUAAUGUAUUAAAAUAUCAUAGCAUUUCCGGACAUUCCCGAGGAAACCCGAAGCCAGACAAUAAUUAAAUUUAAAUCUUAAUAAUUAUAAUUUUUACAAUCUUUUCUCUUUAUUCAAAAAUUGUCACAUAAUUUUUAAUGCAUUCUUGUCAUGCUAAUUUAGUUUCCCGUGGCACGAAUUCGCAAAUAUUUUAACGGCAAUUGUUUCGCCGGGAGGACGCCAUGUUAGUCGAGCGAGCCAUGAUCUCAGCCCAGUCUUCCGCCAUCAACGACCGAGAGCAGACGCAUCAGCACUCCGGGGACCUCACCGCUUGUUUUCUCUGCCAAGUAAUUCUGUUAACUUUAAUUUCGUCUCAAUCACUUUCUUUUAGUCCUCGGAGCAGCUCUCGGUCGGGGGACUGCUUUAUUAAUUAGUUUACGGCCAGUCUCGGUCUUUUUCCUCGUACUACGUAAUUUAAUAUGUGACCACGUGGUGGCUCAUCACCCCUAAACCGAUUCGUGCCGCGGGCGUUUUGUACAGUUUCAACCGUGUACGUGUGUGAGCUGAAUAAGCGGAAUAAACCAGGUGUGCGAAUUUAACGUACAGUAUUAUUCUUUUAUUUUCAAUCUGUGUGACCACGUGGAGUGUGACGGCGUGUGGGACGCCUGAGAGCCCACUGCGUAGGUAAAAGCGUGCCCGAUGCUGAGAGCGGGCAGGAAUUAGUGCUAGAUGUUUUCAAGGGGAAUAUCACGUCUCACAUGGGCGACGUCACGCCCUGAGUUAGGAGUCUCACCGGGUCCACGUGCCGCACCACGUGGUGGCGCCCACUAACCUUCCACCUUAAAGCCGACCGAUCGACCUCCCCCCCCCCCCUCCCCCGCAACAAGUUUAUGGUGGCAAAAUAAUUUAAUACUGUUGGUGUUACUGUUUUCAGUUGAGUUAAACUGGUGUGAGAUGUAUUUCAUCAGUGUAAAUAUAUUUUAAUGAUGUCAUUUUGGGUCAGAAAUGUUAAGUUUCUCAUUAGAAAUUUUGGUAGCAUUUAAAAUUUUAAAAAUCUUGCAGAGGUGAAAUAAUUUCCACUUAGUACUAUUACUUAGAGCAUUUUUUUUAUGUCAGAAUUCACCACAAGAACUAGAAAUUGAAAACACUUAAAAACAGAUACUAAUUGGAAAUACAUUCCUAAAAGCGUAUAAAAAUUAGAAACACAAUUUUUUUUUUUGUAGAAAAUAUAACAUUUUAAAUGUUUUGAGUUGCAUAAACUAAGAAAAAAAUUCUAGGAAAUUGUUUGAGGUAAACACAUAUUUAAGGUUAGCAUAGUAUUGUUUAAUCAAAUUUUUGGCCAAAGUAGGUGCUGUAUUCUGGUGUAAAUUAUGUGAAAACAUAGUCACAAGUAAAAUAAUAUCAGUAAAAAAACAACAGUGUCAUUGGUUUAAGGCAAGAGGGCCCAAAUUUUUUUUUUUUAUUUCAUUUGGUAGGGUAUAUUUAUGUUAAAUACUUAAAUUUAUGUGCUAAGCUAUUCAUUCAUCAAAAGUUGUAUGAAUUAAAGUUCAGUAUUUAGGACCAGAAUUUGUAAUUAUUCCAAACCAAUCUUCGACUUAUUUAAUCUCAUUUUUUGCAACAUCAUUCUUUGUGUGAUAGCUAGGGACAAGAUUUUAUGUUUUUUUUUAUAUUUUUAGGCUGAUUACAUUUGUAAAAUAGGAGAUUUCAUUAUUUUUAUUUUUUUGAAUUGAGUUUAUUCACAAAGAUUGCAUAUUAUUAAACAAAUAUGACACUUAAAUGUUUCAUUAUACUUAUUUCACCAAAACAGUUUCAUUUUGACUGAUAUAUGAUGCACUUUUACAAUAUAAUAAAUUGUAAUACAUGUGCCAACUACUUAGAACCAUAAAAGUAAUUAGCAAGUGUUUGUCGUGUGUUUGAAAAGUGUACCAAUGUUGUAAUAGAAUAAUAAAUACUAAUAAUAGUUGCAAGAACAAAAAAAGAAAUUUUGUUUCAAUAUAUUUAGUGAACACAUUUAGGUAGGUACAAACUUCUUGCUGAAUAGAUUAUAUUAAAAUAUUUCAGGGUAAAUAUUUAUAAAAAAAUUCUUGUUAAUUAAAUGAUUUUAGUUGCGUUUCGGUGCUAUAUGGUGUGUUCACUUGUGUGUUGUUUUUUUUAUAGUGUAUGGACAUUAUUUUCGGUAUUAUUUCUUUUUUAUCGCAAUUCACCACAUAAUCUUGUCUCUUAAUGAUAGCCCCUCCCGAAUAGUUUUCAUGGAACAGCUUCUGGUGUAAGGAGGAGAGAUACAAAUGGACAGUAUAUUUAGUGAAAUGCCUUAAGUUAAUCAUGACUUGCUGCUUUAAACAGUUUUCCCUGCAAAGUCAUUGGUGUUUAAAAUUAAAUUCAUUUUUAUGAAUGAUUACUAGGUACUGUAAUAAUACUGUCACUAGACCCCAUGUUAUGAUCUUAAAUAUCUCUUGAUAUGUGAUCCCUGACUAUCAAAAAAAAAAAUGUAUGGCAUGAAAAUAGAGAAACAAAUUUUGGUUCCUAUCUAUUCCCCUUAAGUGGUAUGUAGAGGGAACAAUUUUCUUAGGAAACUAAAACAUUUAUUAAAAUGAAGAAAUGUUAGCCUUAUACAAUCCUUUCAGAACCCAAAUUUAGUGCACUCUUAACGGAGACAGUGCAAAGUUUGAAGAGCUUC